AUGCCGGCUACCGCGUCUGGAUCAGAUGCCAAUGGAGGCGGCGCAAGAUCACGGGAACAUAAACAGGGAAACCAAGACCGCAAAUACACACCCGAGCAAAAGGCUGCGGUCAUUCGCAUUCGAAAAUGUACAGCAACCUCGUUCUACGAGAUUCUCUCGGUAGAGCGCACAGCGACCGAUAGCGAGAUUAAGAAGGCAUACCGUAAACAAAGUUUGUUGACACAUCCGGAUAAGAACGGUUAUGAUGGCGCAGAUGAGGCGUUCAAAAUGGUCUCGCGAGCGUUCCAAAUUCUUUCCGAUUCUGAUAAGAAGUCUCGUUAUGACAAGUUUGGAGGAGAUCCAGAUAGCCGAUUCAAUCCCGGUCCAAGUGCAUCGUCUGGAGGAGGUGCCUCACCAUUUGGCGGCGGAGGUGGAUUCGGUGGUGGUGGAUUCCCUCGUGGAGGUGGUGGAUUCGAGGAGGAGAUAUCUCCAGAAGAAUUGUUCAAUCGAUUCUUCGGUGGUGGUGGAUUCGGUGGUAUGGGUGGCAGCCCAUUUGGCAUGGGUAUGUUUAUUCUGUUAUCCGAGUACACAGCGCGCGACUACACAGCUUCCGAGUACACCAGUUCGGAGGAGGCCAACCACGCAGAAGACCUCGCGCGACCAACUCAACCCCACAGCCUCCCCCCGGAUGUAUGGUCUAUUCUACGCCAAAUUCUGCCUCUCCUAAUUCUGUUCCUCCUCCCCCUCCUCUCCUCAAUCUUCUCCGGUUCUCCUGCCCCGGCUGGACCGACCUUUCGUUUUGAUACACCCGAGGCUCCUCAUACCUUGGGACGCACUACUCCCUCGCUCAACAUCAACUACUUUGUGAAUCCUUUGGAUGUGGAGGAAUUAAGUCCUCGCAAACUUCGGCAAUUAGACAAGCGAGUGGAGGUGGCAUAUGUAUCAAAUCUCCAGUAUGAGUGCGAGAAUGAAGUGCAGUUCCGAGACCGCAAAAUUCAAGAAGCACAGGGUUGGUUCUUCCCUAAUGUGGAGAAGAUGAAGGAGGCUCGCGCUAUGGAGUUGAAGAGUUGUCGCAAGUGGGAGACCUUGAGGAGGAAGUAUAAUUAG